AUGUCCUACGCAUCACCAACGGGCGCACCCCCGCGCCCAUCACCCACCGUCAGACCGCAACGGCAAGACUCGUCUCUCGACCCCACGAUCCCAGACGAGGCUCCGCCCGCAUACGAGGCCGUCUCCCAUGACUACACUGUCCAGGCCGGCCCGCAGCGCAUGGACUUUUCGGGCCCACCACCGAUGCCAGACCGCAUGUCCUCGCACAAUGUGCCACUGCAGAGCCCAGUACAGCCCUCCCCAACAGGCGGAUUCGCCGUCCCAGGUGUUGGCAUGGGUUAUGGCCCAACGGCCCACCAGACCAACCCAUUUGCUGGCGCCCCUCCGCCGCCCACCAACGCCGGCGCCGCAGGUUCUGGCUUGUGGUCACCGCCACCCGUGCCUCCUCGACACCCGGCGUCGCCGCUGUCCCCCACAGGCUACCCCGGCGCGGCCUAUGCGUCGCCCACGACGGCGCCGCCGCCUCCUCGGCAACAACCGGCGGCGGCGGGAGGCAGUCAAUCGCCGUCGCCAGCCCAGGAUGCGACGCCGACAGAGGCUCCCGUCCCGGGCCACCCGCUCCUGCGCGACGGCAACCUCCUCGUGUAUCCCAAGGGCCACUACUGCUCCAAGUGCGGCAACACGGGCUACAAGCGCAACGACCCAAAGAACCCGUGUACGUCCGACUGGCGGAAAUACGGCAAGCCGUUCAACGGUGCGCUUGCCCACUCGUACUCUGUGGCCAUCAAGCCGGGCCAGAACGGCACGACAACAGCCGCCAACAACUUCCAGCGGCCCCUUCCAAAGCAGCAGGCGGCAGCCCCAUCACGGCCCCAGCAGCAGCAGCAGCAGCAGUACCAGCAGCAGUACUAUGGCGGCCAUCCCCAGCCGAUGCAGCAGCAGAACCGCCCCGUGAUCCACCAGACAUACUAUGGCGGACGCGCACCGCCGCCCAAUGCUCUGGUUCUGCAGCCUGGCGAUCCCCGUAUCGGUGGCAAGCUGUGUUACCGGUGCGGAGGCAGUGGCCAGGAGAUGUCCCUCUUCCUCUUUGACGAUGGGCCGUGUCGCAAGUGA